AAGCGGCACAAAAGCGCAGCUCACGCACGAUAUAGAUAUAGAAGUAGCACUCGAACUGAAUAACUACGAUAAUGUACGAGCAGAACAGCAGCAGCAGUUCGAUGGCGGCGGCAGCUGAGUCUGCGCUGUGGUCUGUGAGCAGGGAGCGGGAGCGGUCCAGGCCGAGUGCCGCCCAAAGGCUGCACAAUCUCACGUCGGCCUCGGGCACUUCGUCGUCAGCCUCGUCCUCCACAGCCCUGCCACAGAAUAUCUUCACGAAUCCCUCGAUACAGCCAUCGAGUGUGGUCAAUCUGUCGCACUCGACCGAUGUGGUCAUUGGACCGAUGACCCAGUAUCAAGGACCGGUAUCCAUAUACUACAUGGAUGCCAGCAUGGAGGCGCAUGCCAUGCAAACGGCAGCAGGAAUUAACAGCAGCAGCAGCAGCGGCCAUCAUCGAAGUCGCGAUAAUUCCCCCUCGAAGCGUCUCACCCGAAACACUAUACUGCUGAUCACUCUCAUCCUGCUCGUCCUGGCCACAGCACUGAUUGUGCUCUAUGUGGAGCUGAAUCGACCGCGCUUGGAGGCGGGAAACAAGGCGAUCUACUUUGGGAACAACUAUGACCACGAUACGUUUCCGAAUCUAGGAAAUGGUCAUCUGGUCAUCGAUCGGAUACAGUGGGGCGCCUCGACCAACGGCCGGCCAUUGACAGUGCCCCUCCGACGACCCAUACCCUAUGUCCUAAUCACACACAUUGGCGUCCAGUCGAUACCCUGCUCCAAUGUCUACAAAUGCUCCAUCAAAAUGCGAACCAUCCAAGACUCAGCGGUGGCGGAGAAGAUCCUACCAGAUAUUCAGUCAAACUUUUAUGUCUCUGACGAGGGCAACAUCUAUGUGGGACGUGGAUGGGACUGGGCCAACACGUAUGCCAACCAUACGCUGGCCAUUACUUUUAUGGGAGACUACGGACGGUAUACGCCGUCACCCAAGCAGCUGGAAGGUGUCCAAUUUCUGCUGGCCCAUGCAGUGGCCAAUCACCAGCUGGAUGUUGACUACAAACUGGUAGCACAGAAUCAGACCAAAACAAGCAAGAGUCCCGGCAUCAAUGUGUAUCGUGAGAUCCGCAAAUGGCCACAUUUCUAUGGUUGUGGCAUGGACGAGACACCCGCCUGUGGCAGCGAGCUGGGCAUGACGCGUGCCUCAUGGGACGCCAAGCAGUAGACCCUUCCUAUAGACUUCCUACCACCUAAGAGCGUAUCCAAAUACAAAUUACAUUUAAUAUAUAUGCCAAACAUAA